AUGAAGAAGGAUUUGGAGGAUCAAAAAGUGGCCAUCGAUGGAAGCCCUGGGGUUGCUGAGAUCAGAGAGGGCGAUCCGCUGGACAGCUCGACCUCGCAAAGUUCAAAGGAGACAGUGGUGAAACAGCCAGCUAGAGAAACUGCUCAGCAGGCAUUGGGAGUGGGUAAAACUACGGGAAUAGCGUUGUAUCUUUGUGUUUUUUCACUUGCCUUGUCGCUUUUUCUGGCAGCAUUGGAUAUUAUGAUUGUUUCGAGUAUUGUCGAGACCGUGGCUAAUCAAUUUGGGGAUUAUUCAAAGACGGGUUGGAUUUUUGCUGGUUACAGUUUGCCGAACGCGGUGCUUUCGCUCAUCUGGGGGCGGAUUGCAGCCGUUGUCGGGUUCAAGACGUCUGUGCUGACGGCGAUUGUGAUUUUCGAGGUUGGAUCGUUGGUGGCCGGUGUGGCACACUCGAUGGAUAUGUUGAUUGGAGGCAGAGUGAUUGCCGGUAUUGGUGGUAGUGGGAUUCAGGGUCUCGCUUUCAUCAUUGGUUCCACUUUGGUGGACGAAUCGAAAAGAGGACUGAUCAUCGCUUGUAUGGGCGGCGCCUUUGGUGUUGCGUCUGUGGCUGGGCCGUUCCUAGGUGGUGCUUUCACCACCCAUGUGACUUGGAGAUGGUGCUUUUACAUUAAUUUGCCCGUGGGUGGUCUAGCAUUUGCGUUCCUUGUUCUCUUUUACCACCCUAAUGGUAAGAAAUUGCAAUCCACUCGCUCUACUGUGGUUCAAUUCUUUAAUAAUCUGUGGGCUUUCGCAAAAAGGCUGCGUGAACUCUUCAAAUUGUCCACUUGGAAAACAUUUGUUCAUGAGCUUAUUUUCAAAUUUGAUAUUAUCGAAAGCUUGUUGUGCUCUGCUGGUCUAGUCUUGAUCCUUUUGGCGUUCAGUUUUGGCGGCAGCAAAUAUGCCUGGAACUCCGCUCCUACCAUAGUGAUGUUUGUUGUCGGUAUCUCGUUGACCAUUUUCGCACUGAUUUACGAUUUUGUGAUCUUUCCCCGGUUGAAGGUAGUGAGGACAAAUCCCAGAUACCAACCUUUGAUCCCAUGGAAAAUCUUCAGCAAGUUUUCUAUUUUGGUCUCAAACGUCACCGUUUUCUUCACUUGUAUGGCGUUCAUGUGUCAAGUCAUAUACGUUGUUCAGUUUUUCCAACUGAUUUACGACGAAACAGCAUGGAAAGCUUCUGUUCACAGUAUCGCUAUGGUGGUACCGACCGUUAUUACAGUUAUGACGAGUGGUAUAUUUAAUGCGAAGCUUGGUCUUGUCAAACCUGUCGCUCUGGUAGGUGCAUUUAGUGGUAUCAUUGGUGCGGGUCUGUUAACACUCCUGGACAACACUUCGACAACGAGCCAGCACAUUGGGUUGUUAAUCUUGCCUGGUAUCGCUUUCGGGGCUACAAUGCAAAGUUCCUUGAUUGGUAGUCAAAUUCAACUGGACAAGAAAAGUGAGACCUACCGUAUGGAUUUUAUCGCAGUUACAACCUUGAACAAUUUCCUGAAAAAUCUGGGACAGGCCAUUGGAGGUGUUGUUUGCAAUACCGUUUUCACGACCUCGAUUACGAAUAAGAUGAGACAGCAUCACAUUGAUAUAGGCCAGAAUGCCAGCGCCGAUGCGGUGGUGGUUUACAGAACUCAUCAUUUUGAUGGCUCAAGGUCGCUAUUGGGGGAUUUGCUCAGUGAUUCUAUUAAGAAUGUCUUUUAUAUGGCCUUAGGCUUCUCUGCCCUGGCUUUCAUUUUUGGAAUUUUCACUUCCAAUAAGAAAUUGGAUAUGAACAAAGCACCAGCAAAGGCCGAGGAAUCUGGCUCAGAAGACAGUUCGUCCGAUAAUGUGAACUCCUAA